AUGGCGAUAUCGAUGCGCAGCAUGCAAAUCACCUUGCAAACAAGCCUUGACGCCAGAAGCGCAGACGACCUAGAGACAUCUAUCAGACCGGCGCCAGCUAUCGACCAAGCCCUAAACUUUGUCGAUUUGGAGCUGAUCCACAACUUCACUACCGCCGUAUUUAUGACACUAUCAACAGAUGACCUCGUCCGCCAGAUGUGGCGAGUCUCGGUAGUCCGCAUGGCGCUUAAAUGCGAGUAUGUCAUGCGAACUUUGCUCUCCAUAUCGGCUUUACAUCUAGCCCACCAGCGGCCAGAACGAAAGGAGGCUCUCGUGGCUAAGGCCCUUCUUUAUCAUCGAUCAGCCUCAAGAGAAGCAAUGGAGUUGAUGAGCGCUCUUGAUGAACGAAAUGCCGAGAACUUAUUCUUGUUCUCACUUCUCACAAUAUUUUUCGCUCUGGCAUCGGGACGCUAUCUGAAGGAAUCAGUGGUUGUCUGGGAAUCCGCGUUCCCGGACUGGACAUUCCUCCUAUCCGGAGCUUGUUCUCUCAUCAAACUCCUCAAUUCGAAAAAAUACGAGGGUCCCUUGACCCCUCUGUUGACAUACGCAAAAGAACGAUUCUUUACUGCGCGUGAUGACUUGCGAGCUCGACCAGCCGCCUUGGAAAGUCUACGAAAGCGUGUCAGCAGCAGCAAUAUUGACAAAGAAUUGCUACGCAUCCACAAUUUGGCCAUUGACGAAUUAGGUUACCCUCUUUCUCUUGCUCUGCACAGUGGAGGCCGUGGUAUGGACAUCAUGGAUAUGUUCAUCUGGAAAUACUUCGUGUCGGAUGAGUUCCUACCUUUACUUAAAGAGCCGAGGGCGAAUCAAGAGGCCAUUGUUAUUUAUGCCCACUUUUGUGUUGUGCUAAAGAGAUUAGAGAGUCAGUGGUGGCUUCAGGGCUGGUCGAUUCAUCUUAUAUCACAGGCGUGGGAGUUGCUAGAUGAGAGCCACAAGCCUUGGAUCCAGUGGCCGAUGGAGGAGCUAGGAUGGGUGCCCCCAAGCUAA